CACGUGUAUUUUUAUUUUUCCUAAAACGAAAAUAGAGAUAAAUUUUAUGGCGAAAAGCUCGGUGAGGAGACAAAUGUCUGACGAAGUCGCAAGAUUUCUUGAGGGGACGGCGAGUUUCGCCGAUAUUGUGUUUAGGGCUUCGGAAGAGAACAACGACUCCCUUGAAAAUUUUUGUGAAAAAGAUGAGGAUUCUGAAGAAAAUGUUGAAGAAAACAAGGCGUUCUGGGAGACACAAGACCAGCUUCUCCAGGCAACAAUAUGUAGGACUAGUUCUGUUGAAUCAAAAGUCCGCCAGGCUACAAAAGGGGCCUUGAGCGAGAUUAAUUUAGUAGGUCUAGAAUGUGUGUGCCGGAAGCCCGUGGCCGGAGGUUGCCGGAAUUGUUUACAGAGAGAACUCUCCCUUAGGCUUCAAAAUUCUGGGUAUAAUUGUGCCAUUUGUAAGUCCAAAUGGAAGAGCUCACAAGAGAUCCCCCCAGGUCAACAUAUUUAUUUGGAAGUGGUGGAGAAAUUGAGUUCAAAGAAAGGAGAAAUGAGGGUGGUGAUUGAGUUAAAUUUCCGUGGUGAAUUCGAGAUGGCAAGAGCAAGUGAAGAGUACAAACGGUUGAUUAGUCGGCUGCCGGAAGUAUUUGUUGGAAAAACGGAGAGAUUAAAAGCCUUAAUAAAAAUACUAUGUGCAGCGGCCAAGAAGUGUAUGAAGGAGAAGAAAAUGCAUAUGGCUCCAUGGAGAAAGCAAAAGUACAUGCAGGCAAAGUGGCUAGGAACAUACGAAAGAACAAUACCAGCAACACUGCCUGUCGGAUACUCAGACAGGCUACCAAAGCCAAAAGCUUCAAUGUUAACCUAUGAUUUGGUAGACAAUUUACCUGCCUUGCAUUGCAGUACUGCAGUAGAAGUUUUGUGAUGAGAGAAAGUUUUGUUUUCAUAUUUCUACGGCUUUAGUUUUGACCACCAUAUUGUAAAAUAUGUGUUAUGAUCUUAAUGAGUGAGACGAUGUACAUACAUUGUUGAUCAGUCAUGAGGGAAUUAUUAUUAUUAUUAUUAUUAUUAUAUAUAUGUAUAUAAGCGGUUCCAGACUUCCAA